GGGGCACUUCAGGAGAUGGCACGUCGGCGCGAGGGAUGAAGGUUUUCAUUGAAGGAGCAGCGAGUUUGCUUUGGGCGCGGCUUUGAUUACACAACCGACACAACAACUUCAUCAGGUGUCAUGACGGCAAGGGGGCAUCAAAUACAACUGCAUCAACAACAACAAUGGACAUGGAGGCGGCGAUCAUGCAGGACGUAGUUGCUGCUGCUUUGCUUGAAGAGGAGGAAACACCGCUGGAGUUGGUACGAAUGUAUAAACGUCAGAUGGAAGACAUGUACGCGGUGCUGACUCAAGACUGCUGCAAUCUACCAGUGGAUCUGUUGGAGGAGGGAGAGGAAUUGUUUAUUGAAUGGGAGGAGGAGCUCCAUGAAAAUUUCCCUCUCCAACGCCUGGGCAGUACUGAAAGUGCACAAGUGAUAGCUGAGCUGCGCGACUGUACUGAUAUGUUUGGGAAAGUGAGAGGAAUCUUUGUUCAGCUUCGGGAGGGGCUUACGCGAAGUGAUGACUGGAAAGGGUGCCACGGCGGGGAGCUUGAGGAGGGGCAAGCGCCUUGUACCACGUUGCAGGACUGUUUUCAAGGAGCUGACGAUGCCUGCGUUUCAGUUACUUUCGCGGGUAAGGAUGGUGUACUUUGUCGUGUGGAGCUCGAGGAGGGGCGGGGUCCGUGCGGCGAUUUGGAGGAUCGAAGGUCUGAGGAGGAUGAAGAUUGCUUUCAGAGGGGAGGAGGGACUACUGCUAUGGCCAACAACAACAACAGCAACAACAACAACAACAACAACAAUAACAACAAUUACACUGGUGUUGAUGCUGCUCGGUGUGGAGAAGACGAGGAUAACAAAAUGGACAAAAAUAUUGAUGACGACAAUAACAACAACGACAAUGACAACAACAAUAACGGUAAUUACAAUGGAGAUACCGACAAUUACAACGGUGAUCAUGGUUCUCAGCGUGGAGAAGACGGCGAGAACAUGAUAGACAACGAGAUUGACAACGACAACACUAACAAGAACAACAGCAGCGAUGAGUAUAACGGAAUUUUCGAUAACGAAGCAGCUAAAAAUGAUACUCAUGGGGUCGUGAGUGUGAACGGUGGGUAUUUUCCCCACUUUCUUCCAGCGCCUCUUUCGUCUUCCUUUUUUGGGCUGAUUGGUUGGGUGCGACUGGGGAGGAUGGUAGGGAAGGGUUGUGAAUUCGAAGAUUAUGCAGGGAGGUUGGGAUGGGGUUGGAAGCGCGAAGGUGUGGGGUAGUGAAUGGGGGGAUAACGCUUACUAAAAUUGGGCUGCUGUGUAUCUGCAUGGUAGCAUAGCUAUGUUAUAAUGGCCUGCUUGAGGUAGC